CUCACUCGAAUCCCCAUCUCUUCUCCCCACGUCGCAAAUAUCCAGAAUCCAAUCCAGCAUGAUCGACUUCACCCUCUCCCCCACCGAACAACACGUCCAAGCCACGGCGCGUACUUUCGCCGCGACUCACCUAGCCCCAGCAGCAGCGCACUACACGCGCCUCCCCACCCCCGAGGCGCGUUUCCAGUCCCUCCAACCGAUCUAUGAAGCGGCCGUGCAGGCAGAGUUGCUCACCGCGCAGGCCCCCGUACCCGCCGGAGGGAAGAAUACCAGUCUGGUGGAAGCAGCCAUCCUGGUGGAGGAGUUUUAUGCCGUCGAGGCAUCGGCGUCGUUGACGAUUUUCGGGACCGGGUUGGGAUUGACCCCGUUAGCGUUGGCAUAUCGGCCUGAGGUGGAUGAGUUUCUCGCUCCGUUUUUACAGAAUACGGGGUCGCCGUUGGCGUCUUUGGUGUUUUCUGAGCCGGGGGGUGUGGCCAACUGGCUGGAACCUGGAGCCCCGGGAUUGCAGACGACCGCGCGACAAGAUGGAGAGGAGUGGGUGUUGAAUGGAGAAAAGAUGUGGGCCACCAACUCAGCCGGCUGGGACUUUCAAGGCGCCGAUCUGAGCUGCGUGGUGUGUCGUUGCAUCGAUGAGGAUGUGGUUGCUCAGGCAUCCCAACCCAGCGACCUCAUCAUGAUUCUCCUCGUCACGCGAGCUGAUCUUGAUCGGAACCCUGUGGGAUCUUUCCAUGUCGUGAAACAUGUCGAGACGGCCGGCCAUGUGGCAGUCUCUGGGCCUCAUAUCAAGUAUACCAACCUGCGCGUCCCGGCCAGGAACGUGCUGUGCGCUCCCGGUACGGGCGCAUCUAUCGUGACGCAGUCGUUUGAUAUUUCCGCCAUGCUGGUCGGAGCCAUGGCCACCGGCAUCCAACGCGCCGUCUUCGAGGCCGCGCUGGCCUUCUCCCGCGAUCCUCGCGGCGGCACGAUGCCCAUCGGCCAACGCCAGUCGGUGGCCGAUCGUUUGAUCGAUAUCAAGAUGCGGACCGAGACCUCGCGGUAUCUGACCUGGAAGGCCGCCCAUUGUUUGCUGUCCGGGCCAGGCGAACAUGCGCAGCGCCGGGAACCGGCCCUGUUGGCGAAGAUCUAUGCUUCGGAUGCGUCGGUUCAGUCGUGCAUUGAUGCGAUGAAUGCGGUGGGCGUGUCCGCGUAUAAUACGGAGCUGCCGUUUGCCAGUCUGCUCUCCACCGCGCUGGUGCUGCCCAUUUUCGAUGGGGGGAAUGUCGGCAUUCGACGACGGGCGGUGCAGGAGCUGUUCCUGGAGGAGGACUACCAGCCCUGGGUGACGAGCUUUGGCCAUCCUCAACAUUGAGGUUUGAGCCUAGGCAGGGGAGCAACCAGCAAGUACGGGUGGGAACGAUGAAAUAGCUGGAUGGGUCUAGGCUGUCUCAGCAUCGAGAAUGGACCACGCAUCUUCUAAGAAACUAUAUCUUUGCUGUUUGUUUGUGGUUACAUAGCUCGGGUGACCAGGGUAUGAUGAGUGAGGUCUGCACACCGGUAAUUCAAGGCUCUG